UAUCAUCCAUAUACAAUAAUCUCAUAUUGCAAGGAAAAAAAAAAUGGGAUCUCUAGUAGAACUUAUGGCUUUCUUAGUCAUGACUAUUUGUAUUAAUGUAACAAUAUCUCGAGCCCAAAAUGAUAUCAUCAGUCCAUCAUCCGGUUUCCACAACCCAAGAACAACAGUGGUGAUAUAUAAUGAUCUUGGUGGUCAUCUGCCAUUGCGAUAUCAUUGUAAAUCAAAACAAGAUGAUCUUGGAGACCGGACUAUGGCGGUAAAUGGAACGUGGUCAUUUGAAUUUAGACCCAGUAUUUUUGGAAGAACUUUAUUUUUUUGCGGUUUUAGAUGGGAUAAUGAGUUGCAUUGGUUCGAUAUCUACACACAGAAGAGAGACAAAGAAUUCACCAAGUUUGGAUGUAGAAGAUGCGAAUGGAAGAUACACAAAGAUGGACCUUGCAAACUUAACAAAAACACUAAAAUGUUUGAUGUUUGUCUUCCUUGGAAUUCUCAAUUGUCUGAAAACAAUUAACAUGUCUAUGUCUAGUUGUCUACUU